AUCAAGAAUUUUUCUUAAAACCCCUUUAAAAUAAAUAUUUUUAAUAUUCAAAUGUUUUGUGUAGAUAGAAUAAUAUGUGAGAACAAGAGCAGGUCAACGACAUUGAGGACAUUCGGUGGACAAGGAAAUUGUCACGAUCGUGCAUUCGAUAAUCGGUAAAAACGGAAUUUUUGAAACGCGGAAGUGCGCCGAAGAAAUCCUUUGUGACAGAGACAUGCAGAGCUUCUCGCUGCGACAAUAGACUAAUAAGCCAAAUACUGUAAUCGUGGGCAACGGAGUGUGAUUUUAUUUUAUUUAUUACAACGUAAAAUUGUUGUUGCUAUUCACCUAUCGCAUGCUUAUUUUUUUCAUCUUUCUCGAACAAAGCCCAAGAAUUUUCCAAUCUUAAACUAUGAUUCAAAACGAAUAAACAAAGUUUUUAAACCAAAGUUGACAGAGUUUUAAGGUUACGACGAUUAUUGGCUUGCGCACCAGUGAUAUAUUCGCGCCAAAAUGCAAGCAUAUACAAAUUAUUUGAGUAGAAGAUAAGCUAAUGACGUUACAAUCACGGUGAAAUUAGAGUACGAGGAAAAACGCGUUGACAGAAAUUCCAUAGUGCUCCACAAUGCCGCCUACACCCGAUUUGAAAGUUGUUUUAUUGGGUGACAGUGGCGUGGGAAAAACAUGCUUAUCAGAUCGAUUUGCGAAGGACACUUUUACAUCGUACAAAACAUUAAUGGCGACAAUUGGCUCAGCGUAUGUGUCAAAAGAAGUUCGAGUAGGCAACAAAAAAAUUAUACUCGGUGUAUGGGAUACAGCAGGCAAUGAAAGGUACGAUGCAAUGACAAGAUUAUAUUAUAGAGGAGCAAACGCAGCUGUAAUUUGCUAUGACGUAACAGAACCAAAAACUUUGAAAAAAGUCAAGUAUUGGAUCAAUGAAUUGAGGAGUGUAGAAGAAAGCUGUAGUAUUUACGUUUGUGCUUUGAAAAAAGACUUAUUGGAUUCUGAGAGCGAUAUGGUGAAACAUCUUGAAAAUGUGGAGAAUUAUGCCAGAGGAGUGCCAGCAAAAUUUUAUAUAACUUCUAGUAAAACCGGAGAAAAUGUUGCGGAAUUAUUUCAGGACAUUGCAACAACAUGUGUUCCAACAGUGAAAAACCCGCAUACACAAAAAUCGGGUGACCAAUUUAUUACAUUGUCAUCGGACAACAAAAAAUCCAUGUGUUGUUAUAACUAGGUGCAAAGAUGAUUAUAUAGACAAAAUAUGAGGCUUCAUAGCUAUAAGAAAUUAUAAACAGAUUGGCAAGAUCAUGCUGUUUGCAAAUACGCACUUCAUUUGCAGGUUUUAUUUUCUUUUUUCAUACUUCCAGCCUAUUAUCAAAGCAAACAACAACAAAGAAACACAAGUUUACACGGAUUCAUUGUUGUAAAGUCGCGCCAUAUCGCAAUAACAUAAGAUAUUCAUUGCGAAUGACUAUAUAUGAACAUAUAUUUUUCUACUGCAAUUUUUUUGCAUUUUCAGUAAACUGUGAUUCACUAAAAAAUAAUAUUUCUGAGAUCCAGUGUUAAGCACGGCUGAACGAUCCCCUUUAUCGUAUUGAGGCUCCUGAUAAUUGAGAAAAAUUUUAUCCGUGUGGUAUAAACACGAGUACUACAGACAGAAUCGUUACUUUUUGCAUGGAUUCAACUCAAUUGAAUACAAUGAAUUCUAAAAAAUAAAAUGAUUCUAAAAUAUUUUAAAUAUGUUUUGACGUAAAAUAAACAGUGGAGGAAUUUGUUGAAGCUCUUCACAAAAAUGUCUGGAAACAAUUAUUAUAAGUUGGAUGAUUGUAUUUUUAAUUUGAUUAAAAUAAAGAAUAUUCAAGUUGUA